UGAAAGCAGCACCAGCACCAUUUCCAUAAACCCCCGAAAACCCAGUUCAGUAUUUGCUCGCCCCUCCCCCCCCCCCCCCGCCCGGGUCUCUCUUUCUCUCCAUGGGAAUGGAUUUUCAGGUGGUGGUAUUGGCAGGCGGCACUUCAAAGAAGCUGCUCCCUCUCGUCUCCAAGGAGGUGCCGAAAGCGCUACUUCCUGUGGCGAACCGACCAGUUCUGUCUUAUGUACUGGAGCUUUUGGAACAAAGUAAUCUCAAGGAUCUCAUUGUCGUAGUUGAAGGGGAAUAUGCAGCUCUUCUUGUUGGGGGUUGGAUUUCAAGCGCUUAUGUUGAUCGCCUACAUGUUGAGGUAGCUGCAGUCCCUGAGGAUGUUGGGACCACCGGUGCUCUUCGGGCCAUUGCACACCACCUGACUGCAAAUGACAUCUUGGUUGUGAGUGGUGAUCUCAUUUGUGAUGUUCCCCCUGGGGCAGUGGCAGCUGCUCAUAGACGACAUGACGCAGUAGUAACUGCAAUGCUUUGCUCUGCUCCUAUCUGUGGGCCAUCGGAGUCAGGUUCCUCUAGUGGAAAAGACAAAGCUAAGAAACCAGGACGCCACAAUGUUAUAGGACUGGACCCCACAAAACAGUUUCUGUUGCAUAUAGCAGCUGGAGCUGAAGUUGAGAAAGAUAUUAGAAUUCAGAAGAGCAUCCUGCGAGCAGUAGGUGAGAUGGAAAUUCGUGCCGAUCUGAUGGAUGCUCAUUUUUAUGCUUUUAAGAGGUUUGAGGAAGUGCUUAAUCAAAAGGAAACUUUUCAAAGCUUAAAGCAGGAUGUAUUGCCUUAUCUAGUCAGAAGUCAGCUGCGGUCUGAGUUGUUGUUGAAUGGAGCACAAGCAGAAGAAAAUGGGAAUGAGAAGGAUGCUUCCCAGAACAAUAAAAUUAAGCUGUCUCAACUUCUGUCUAAUGCAUCUACUCCAAGUUUUCAUGAGCGCUACGCAUUGGGUCUCAAGGGGUCUGCUUCUGUUUCAAGAAAAACCCAUAAAUGCUGUGUGUAUAUUGCCAGCAAGAGCAAGUAUUGUGCACGUUUGAAUUCCAUUCAAGCUUUCAGCGACAUUAAUCGAGAUGUGAGUUGUUACAGUGGAGGCCCUUCGAGACUGCUUGUCACGGGAGACGCAAGUCACCUAUCAGGGUAUUCCUUCUCUGCACAAAACAAUAUAAUUCAUCCUUCAGCUGUGCUUGGAUCAAAAACUACA